CUCAAAGUACUUCCAGAUGUGUUAUCAUGGUUUGUCGGCCUGCUGUACACUUUGCUGUGUGGGACCCUUGUAUUCCUACCCGGGGAUGAUAGCCGCGUCGGUGACCAUGAAGCGGCCCAAAAGGUGAAUGACUGUCAUGCCAGACCAUUGGAACAAGAUGUGACCUUGACCUUAAGAGGGGGUGGACCCCCCGAUUCUAAGGUCCAAGAUGACUCUCCCAGACUGCUCCCAGCCCCGCGCUGGAGCGAGGAUCCCAUCGAGUCGCUCACAUUUCAAACGGACCACGAUUUACAGAAAUUUGUCGAACAGGUUAAGCUGCUGCUUCAGCGGGAACUCUGCGACAGACGCUACAACACCAUGGGCAACCUGCUGCACUUCUACCGUUCCUACUGCGGCCAGGCGAAACCCGAGAGCCUCGAACGCUUCUACUGUCGCUACAAGCCGCAGGUCUUCGAAGACGGACUUUCCUGCGUCGGUCUCGCACUCCACCUCUCGGAGGAGCUGGUCCGCACGUUUCCGGGCGCCGCUCCGUUCCUGGUUUCCUGCGAGGAGAUGGUGCAGGACGUUGACAGUUACUGCAGGGCCGACCCUCCGGAUAACUCCAGCAUCAAAGAGCACGUGCUCGUCGGGCUGUCCGUCUCUGUCCGGAACCGUAGCCGUAAGGGAAUCGUCGUACUGGAUCCGGGAUACCACGUCGCGCUGCCCGUCGUAGUCAUGGAAGACGGCCUGCCGCCUCACACGGGUCGCUUUGUCCAGUCGAACACUUCGAAGUCCACCAAGGAGUACUGCUACACGUCGGUGCCCGAAACCGCGGGGAGGUACAUGUGCUGGAACGUAACGGAGGCACGGGCAGGAAGUGUGAAGACCUGGAACAACAUACUGUACGUGGGCAGCGACUUUAAGAGCGCGCUCAGUUACUCAGAGAUGCGGAACCUCGUCUACGAUUUCCGAACUCUGGUAGCACGCGAUAAGAGGGGGCCUACCGCCGGGGUCUACUGCAAGCUGGCGGAAGUCAAUCGAAAUCCGAUCUUCACGCUCUUCUACGUCGAGCAGGGAAACCGAAGAGAGCUCAAGGUUCCCUUCUGCAUCUUUAGCAGUAACUUUCUGGCUCCGGAGCCAGACGCGGACGUUGAGGCGGCGAUCGAAGAGUGUGCAGCGCAAGUUGGGAUGGACAUCGGGGAAAUGAUAGGCAUCCUCAGCGGGAUGGCAGAACUCUACGACAACGUCGACUUUGUCACCGAGCUUCUUGACCUUAACCACAGGGUUGACCCUUCAGACGCGUAAAGCAUUGUAAAUGUGCUGGUGUAUCAGUCAUUCACCCGAGAGCAUUGUUCAUGAAAUAAAGCUAUGGCAGACAAACCAAA